UGCAUUUAGUACACAUUGAGAAGGUACUGGUUGAUACUGAUAGAUGUGUUGUAGAUGCAUCAUGCGUGGUUAAUAUUAUUAGCUUUUGUUAAUCAGGAUUUUAGUUGAUUAGUUUUUCUUUAUUUUGCUGUGAUAAUAGAAAAAUGAAGAAAGAAAAAACAGGAGAUAAUAGUCGUCCAUAUAAAUUAGCUCACCAAAUAUUAAGCUUAACAGGAAUAAGCUUUCAAAGGAAAAGCAUAAUUGGUUUUGUUGAAUUAACAAUUAUUCCACUUCGAGACACAGUAAGGUUGAUAAAACUCAAUGCCAAACAAUGCAGAAUAUAUAGAGUGUGCUUAAAUGAUUCUUAUGAAGCGCCUUUUCAAUAUUUUGAUCCAUUCUUGGAUAUCUGCCAGGGGGAUAGUAAACAGCGUUCCUUGGAGUUUUUCUCGAAUAUGCAUUUAGCAGCGGCUCAAAAAGUUGAUCCUGAUAACAAUGCUGGUGAAUUAGUGGUUCAAAUACCACCAGAAGUAGCUCAUUUGGUCGCAGAAGGUAGAAAAUUAAGGAUUAGCAUUGAAUUUUCUUUGGAACAACCACAAGGAGGUGUACAUUUUGUUGUACCUAACUGCGAAGGAACUUUGGCUGAGAGAGGUGCACACAUGUAUACAUACAGCUACGAAAAUUCGUCCAGAUUAUGGUUUCCAUGUGUUGAUAGUUUUGCUGAACCAUGCACUUGGAAGUUGGAAUUUACUGUCGAUGAUUCAAUGACUGCGAUUUCCUGUGGAGAUCUAAUCGAAGUUGUCUAUACACCUGAUAUGCGUAGAAAGACAUUUCAUUAUGUACUCAAUACACCCGCAUGUGCUCCAAAUAUUGCACUGGCAGUUGGGCCUUUUGAGAUCUUUGUGGAUCCUUAUAUGCACGAAGUAACUCAUUUCUGCCUGCCUCAACUUUUACCAUCUCUAAAAGUGUCCGCGAAAUACUUGCACGAGGCAUUCGAAUUUUAUGAAGAGACUUUAUCAAAUCGCUAUCCAUACUCUUGCUACAAGCAGGUCUUUGUUGAUGAAAUAGAUGAGGAUAUAAAUGCAUAUGCUACUAUGAGCAUUUUAAACACAAAUUUGUUGCAUUCUACUGCAAUUAUAGAUCAAGUAUACAUCACUAAAUUGGCAAUGGCGCAAGCUGUUGCAGAACAAUUCUUUGGAUGUUUUAUAUCUAUGCAAAAUUGGUCCGAUACUUGGCUAUCUAAAGGUAUCUCUACUUAUCUAACAGGACUAUAUGCCAAAAAAUGCUUUGGUAACAACGAAUACAGAGAGUGGAUUCAGUCUGAAUUGCAAGAAGUCGUGAAAUACGAAGAACAGUUUGGUGGCAUAAUACUAGAUCCGUCUCAAGCACCAGCACCAUUGCCUAUCGCGGCCAAUACUCCAGCGCCUGCUCCUCGAGCUCCCGACCCCGGAUUUUAUUUUCCUAUUAGAAAUUUACAUACAAUGUCUCCAAAAUACAUUGAAGUUCUCCGCAAAAAAGCACAUCUAACCAUGAGAAUGCUAGAACAUAGGAUUGGCCAGGAGUUGUUGCUCCAAGUGUUCAAUAAACAGUUGUCCCUAGCGGCCAAUGCCGCGCAACAAAAGAUCGAAUCUGGCUUAUGGUCGCACAUGCUAAUUAGUACAAAUGUAUUUGCUAAAGCAAUCUUUACAGUAACAGGAAAAGAUAUGUCAGUAUUCAUAGAUCAGUGGGUGCGGACAGGCGGUCAUGCAAAAUUCAGCUUAAGUUUUGUAUUUAAUAGAAAAAGAAACACGGUGGAAUUAGAGAUCAAACAGGACACCACGCAUCAAAGAGGGAUCAGAAAAUAUGUAGGUCCAUUAGUGGUUAAUAUUCAAGAACUGGAUGGAACUUUUAAGCACACUUUACAAAUUGAGGGCACAAUGGCUAGAGCAGAUAUCACAUGCCACAGUAAGAGCCGUAGAAACAAGAAGAAAAAGAUUCCACUGUGCACCGGCGAGGAAGUUGACAUGGAUCUCUCCGCCAUGGAUGAUUCUCCAGUAUUGUGGAUUAGGCUUGAUCCAGAAAUGACAAUUAUGCGUGCGGUGCAAAUUGAGCAACCCGAUUAUCAGUGGCAAUAUCAACUGAGACACGAGAGAGACGUCACGGCGCAAUUGGAAGCGAUCGUGGCUUUGCAGCAUCAUCCAACGCCUGCCACACGAUUGGCGUUGACCGAUACUAUAGAAAAUGAACAUUGUUAUUACAAAGUUAGACUUCGUGCUGCACAUUGUUUGACGAAGGUAGCUAACGACAUGGUAGCAACAUGGGUCGGUCCACCGGCUAUGUUGGCUAUAUUUAGGAAAUUAUUUGGAUCUGCGUCGUGCCGGCGAAUUAUUAAGCAAAACAACUUUUCAAAUUUUCAACAUUACUUCCUGCAAAAGACUAUACCAGUUGCUAUGGCGGGAAUACGCAAUGCGCAUGGCAUUUGUCCACCAGAAGUACUAGCUUUCCUACUGGAUCUAUUUAAAUAUAACGAUAACAGUAAAAAUAGGUACUCCGACAAUUAUUACAGAGCUGCGCUGAUAGAAGCUCUUGGUGCAACUGUAACACCAGUUAUUAGCGUACAACAAGGAACGGCUAUCACAGCUGAGUCUUUGUCAGUCGACACAAAGGCCAUUCUGGAGGAAGUUACGAGAAACUUGAACUUGGAAAAAUUAUUACCCUGCUACAAAUAUACCGUCAGCGUAACUUGUCUUAAAGUUAUACGUAUCCUUCAAAAGUUCGGUCACCUUCCAAGCAAUCCUCAUCUUUUUAGAGCAUAUGCAACAUACGGACAAUUUAUCGAUAUACGAAUUGCAGCGUUGGAAGCGUUAGUUGAUUUUACUCGCGUGGACGGUAAGUGGGAAGAUUUGGAAUUCUUGUUGGACAUGGCGGAAACGGAUCCACAUCCUGGUAUACGCCACAGACUUGUACGGUUGAUGGUAGAGAAUCCACCGUUUGAGAAGGCCCAUAAACACCGCUUGGACAAACCAGAUCUAGUCGAUCGUAUAUGGAAUUUGAUCAACGGCAUGUUAUCGCACGACGCAAAACUGCGUUGCGAUUUAGUAGAUUUGUACUACACUUUGUACGGUACAAAAGUCCCGUUUUGUCUUCCUAAUCCCGAACUUGUAGCGAUCACAAAGCCCAAAAAGAUUGGUCCACAAAGUCCGGAACAUGAAGUCAAAAUUGCAGCGAUACAACAUGUAAGACACGAAUCGGUCGAGGAAGUUGAGAACUUGCCCAUAUCGAACAAAAGGAAAGCGUCUCCAAUUAGAGAUCCUCCGGGUCCAUCAAACUUAGCAGAACAUGGACCAGAAGUAAAACGACAAAAGUCAACGAACAAUCAGGAUGAACGGGGUAUUCCAAUACCCUGUGAAGGGAAAGUAAAGUCAGAAUAUUACAGUGAUAAUUCCGCAUCAUUGCCUGGUAUUAUGGGAACUGCGGGUCCUAUAGGUUUUGAACCAGGAAUGUUUAAAAAGGAGUCAGAAGAGCAUAAACUUAGCGAUUCUACCAAUAAGGUAUAUACGAAAAAGAAAGAUAAGAAAAAACAUAAACACAAACACAAGCAUAAGCACGAUCAUAAGCACAAUAAGGAUAAGGAGAAGAAGGAAAAGGAUAAAGGCAAAGAUAAGGAUAAAGACAAAAAUAAAGACAAGGAUUCUUCUGCUUUGAAAGUAAAGGAUGAGACUCUUAGUUCAGCUAGUUCCAGUCAAAGUCCGGAACCAACUGUAACUAAUGAAUUUCUUUUUCCUUAAGAAAUCAAUUAUUAAUUUAUUUAAAUUAAAAUUUUUUUAUUAUGAUUAUUGUAUAUUUUACUAAAUUUUUAUACGAUUAAAGUGUUACAAACAGAAUGUAAUAAAUAAUGCAAUUCGUAAUACAAGUAAAAGCAAUAAGACAUAUAUU